CAACAGUAGUGGAGAAAAAAGCUGCGCGAGCUCGAGUGAGGUUGCUGUGGAGUUUUGAACAUAGAGAGAGCUAAUGCGCGUUUCGACUAAAUUCUGACUAAUUCCUCAAGGAACUCUAAUAUUGUGUGACACAUACAGACUUGGGAAAGAACUAGAACGAGAGAAAAGCAUACUGAAAUUAGUGUUGAGACAUUCCUUGUUAAGAAGUUUUCAAAAUAGAAAACCUUUGGCGAUUUGUUGCGGAAUAAGAUAUUUUGUCUUUUGUUGUGGAACGCUUGCUCGGGAACUUGUUGCUACCCGGAGGGGUUAUUCAGGGCGCAAGUACAGGCUGCUAGGAGCGAAGCGCUGUAAACAGAAGCGCGGUUACAUGUGUUCUUUAUAAAAUAGAUAAAGCAGGGUUCUGAAAAUUUUGAGUUAUGUUUAAGAAUACAUUUCAAAGCGGCUUCUUGUCCAUUUUGUACAGCAUUGGGAGCAAACCUCUACAAAUAUGGGAUAAAAAGGUGAGAAAUGGACAUAUAAAGCGGAUUACGGACAAUGACAUCCAGUCAUUGGUGCUUGAGGUGGAAGGAACCAAUGUCAGCACGACCUACAUCACAUGUCCUGCAGAUCCGAAGAAAACCCUGGGCAUCAAACUUCCCUUCCUGGUCAUGAUAAUCAAGAAUCUGAAGAAAUAUUUCACAUUUGAAGUUCAGGUAUUGGAUGAUAAAAACGUGCGGCGAAGAUUCAGAGCCAGUAACUACCAGAGCACCACACGGGUGAAGCCCUUCAUCUGCACCAUGCCCAUGCGGCUGGACGACGGCUGGAACCAGAUCCAGUUCAACCUGUCCGACUUCACACGAAGAGCUUACGGCACCAACUACAUCGAGACGCUGCGAGUGCAGAUCCACGCAAACUGUCGCAUAAGAAGAGUGUACUUUUCUGAUCGACUGUACUCCGAGGACGAGCUCCCGGCAGAGUUUAAACUUUAUUUGCCGGUGCAAAACAAAGCAAAGCAGUAACGUGGCACAUCUGAACCCUUCCUUCACUCCAAACCUGUUUUACCUGCAGUUUUUUUUCUCCUCACCAAAUUUCCAGUCAUGUGACUUUGCCUUGUUUAGUUUUUUUUUUUUUUUUUUUGUGUUGUAUGUUUUACAUGCACCGUGUGAGGUGAGAAUCCAGAGCAAAGAGAAUAAAAUAUUCUAUUACUUUAA